UUGUUUCUAGGUGCAAACCUGUCCUUGGGGUCUACUUUUCUCUCAAAUUUCAUCAUUUCUCCUCCACAUGUAGAGAAACACAAAGGGCAGAGAGAAAAUGGCAGAUACAGAGGUGGACUUUGUGAUAGAUUACUUGACGCAGCUAUUGCGGGAAAACACAGAUCUAAUUGCUAUGAUAGAGGAUGAUGUGAAGUCUCUCCUUGGUGAUCUGAAGCAUUUGAAAGCCUUCCUCACAGAUGCCAGCAAGAGCCGUAGCCGCAGUGAAAUUCUUAAACUCUUGGUUAAAGAGUUGAUCGCAGCAGUCUAUGGAGCUGAAAAUUCCAUAGAUAAAUUUUUGAUUGAGGUCAAGUUACACCAGGAAAAAAGACGCAUAAUAAAGGUUAUGGAUCAAGUUACACUUGUUAGAAAAGCUAAGAACUGUUCUGCAGAGAUCAAAUCCAUCAGGGAGAAGUUGAAAGAAACUAAGAGAGACACUGCUUAUGGCCUUUCUAUGUCUCUUCAAUAUGAAGAUCCAAAACGCUGGGCUCCGGUGCUUAAAAGGGCUCCCGUACCAGAGGAGGAUGAUGUAGUAGGCAUUGAUGAGGAUGCUGCUAAAAUAAUCACACGUCUUUGUGAAGGAUCAGCUGAUCUAAAGGUUAUCCCGAUUGUGGGGAUGGCAGGUCUUGGGAAAACAACUCUCGCAAAUAAGAUUUUCAACGAUUCUAGGGUUAAAUGUGCGUUCGACUAUCACAUCUGGGUAUAUGUCUCUCAAUUUUACAACCGAAGAGACCGAUUUCUUGACAUUAUCGACUAUUUCACCAGUUUCACUGAACAAUAUCGAUACGUGACUGAGGACGCUCUAGCUGAAAAAGUACGCAAGCAUUUGCUGGGAAGAAAAUAUCUGAUUGUCUUGGAUGAUAUAUGGACAAUUGAAGCUUGGAAUGAUAUCAAAAUUGUUUUACCCGACAACCAGAACGGUAGUGGAGUCUUGUUGACCACUCGAGACAGCACAUUGGCUGAUCGUUGUAGCAAUAAUUGCCCUUAUUAUUUAGGUUUCCUAGCAGAAAGUGAAUGUUGGGAGUUACUACAAAGGAAGGUUUUCCACAAGAAAACAUGUCCCCCGGACUUGGAAUUUCUCGGGCAGCAAAUAGCUAGGCAAUGUAUGGGGCUACCCCUUGCAAUUUUGGUGAUUGCAGGAGCCCUAAACGGGAGAGGCAAGACAGUAAGUGAGUGGCAUAGAGUUUGUCAAGGUAUGCGUGAAGGCACUAGUGGUCGUUAUUUUCACCUGGGGUCCUAUAACCCGGUGAAGUUGAGUUAUGAUUGUUUGCCUUUCAACUUGAAGGUUUGCUUCUUAUAUUGCGGUGCUUUUCCUAGAGGUUUCGAGAUCCCUGCUUGGAAGAUAGUCCGGUUGUGGAUCGCCGAAGGGUUCAUUGGAGCCCAAAUGAAAAUAAACCUUGAGACUGUAGCAGAGGAAUACUUGGAAGAACUUGUCAGCAAGAACUUACUGAUAGUAACGAAAAGGACCUCCAACAGCCAAAUAAAAACAUGCCGCAUGCAUGACAUAGUACAUGAGUUCUGUACUCUAGUAGCUCGUGAGGAAAAUCUUUUCAAAGAAAUAAAACUAGGCAUUGAGCAAUCUUUCCCUAGAAACCAGGAAUUAGCUACCUUCCGCCGCCUUUGCAUUGAUUCUUCUGUUGAAAAAUUCUUCUCUACGAAGCCUUAUGGUGACAGCAUUCGGUCAUUCCUAUGUUUCUCCUCUCAAAAGGAGAAGAUUACGAUGCCCGCAUUGGAGUUCAAGACGAUCCCGAGAUCCUUUCCACUACUCAGGGUGUUUGACAUUGAGUCCAUCUCAUUCGAUGACUCAGAGAUCUUCCACAAACAGUUUAUUCAGCUAUAUCAUUUGAGAUACAUUGCUUUAUCAAGUGACUCAUUAAAUAUCCUCCCAAAAUUCAUAGGGGACCUGUGGAAUCUACAAACGCUCAUAAUUUGGACUGCACAAGAGACUCUGGACAUACGAGCAGACAUAUGUAACAUGCCACAACUUAGGCAUCUUCACACAAAGGCCUCUGCUAAGUUGUGUCCCUCUGCUGCCGCAGAAACAAAGAAUCAUGGUGCUUUACAAACCCUUACUACAAUAGAACCUGAAAGCUGCACAGAGCAUGUGUUUGCAAGGUGUCAAAAUCUGAAAAAGUUGGGUAUUCGGGGGAAAAUAGCCAAUGGGCUUGGGCGAUUAAUCUUGAAUGCUAACAAGUUAAAAUACCUUGAAAAAUUGAAGCUAGUGAAUGAUUUAGCAGGAGGGACGUUGCAUCUUCCUUCAGAAAAUAUACUCCCCGCGAGUUUGAAGAAGGUAACUUUAUCAGGUACCAUGUUGGAGUGGGCUGAUAUGGUUAUACUUGAGAAAUUGCCAGCCCUUGAAGUCCUCAAACUGAAAAAACACGCAUUCACGGGGGAUUGUUGGGAGUUAAAGGAUAACAGUUUUCCUCAUCUUAAGGUAUUGUGGAUUGAACAGACAGACCUAAUUACCUGGAAAGCUUCUAAUCAUGUCUUCCCGAGGUUAGAGAAGCUUGUUCUUCGUCAUUUAGACAAGCUUAAUGAAGUCCCUAUAGAACUUGCCAAAACGGGGAAGCUGCAAAUGAUGAAACUGGUGAAGACAACCACAACAGCGGUUGAAUCUGCCAGGAAGAUAGAGGCCGAGCGUGAAGAAACGGGUGACACUGGAUUGAAGCUAGACAUCUCUGAUGGCAACUAGUCAAAUCUCUUCCUUCAGAGCUCUCGUCAAGCCUUCUUUUGGUGUUGCUUGCACUUUGCUAGUAUUCUCAGAGGCUCUGUGUCAGUGGGGUUCUGGCGUUGAAGUUUCUAUACGCAUUGGCUGUAUCUGGAUCGUUGUGUGGGUGUUAUCAGAUGCAGUUUCCUAUAUUCUCCUACUGGUUGGCUUUUUCUAAAGAUCAAGACUCCUAUUGGCUUGCAUUGUAUUUAGCACUAUUUCGUCAUCCUUCUCCUAGAGGUGUACCUAAUGUUAUUGUUCAUAGCUUGCUGCGUGACUGAUACUUUGGACCUUGUCUCUUCCUUGUACUGUCUUGUGAUUGGGAUUAACGCGCUCUUAUGUUUCUUCU